AUGUCGAGCAAACCUGUUAUUGUCUUCGUGCCAGGGGCAUGGCACGACCCCAACGGCUUCCACCUCGUCACAGCCGAGCUCCAAGCUGCAGGAUACGAGACUAGAGGCGUGGACCUCGCAUCGGUGGGCGCUCAAACACCCCUCAAGGACUUCUGGCCCGACGUCGAAGCUAUUCGACAAGUGCUCAAGCCGCUUGCAGACGGCGGAAAAGACGUAGUAGUCGUGGUCCACUCGUAUGGCGGGGUGAUUGGGUGCGAAGCAGUCCAGGGCUUCGUCAAGUCUGAGCGAGAGAAGGAGGGCAAAAAGGGUGGCGUGUCGCACAUCUACUUCUGCUGCGCUUUCGCCCUACCCGAGGGUGUAUCGUUGAUGGACGCCCUCAACAAUCAACCCCUGCCAUGGUUUCGACUCAAUGAGGCUCAGGAUAGCGUCACACCGGCAACGCCCAUCGAGACCUUCUACAACGAUGUCAAGGAGCCGGAGAAGUAUGUCAACAUGCUGAAACCGCACAGUUAUCUCACCUUCGCUUCGAAGGUCACUUAUGCUGGUUGGAAACAUGUUUCAUGCACGUACCUGCUGUGCGAGAAGGAUGAGGCGAUCCCAAUUCAUGCACAGAAGGGCAUGGUAGAGGCUGCGCAACAGGCAGGUGCAGAUAUGAAGGUUGAAACUAUUGAUGCCAGCCACUCGCCAUUUCUGAGCAUGCCCGCAGAGAUGGCACGGUCUAUUAGGAGAGCUGCAGGCGAGUCAGUUUGA